CCAGCUGCUGUUGCAGGCGCGCCUUCACCGCAUAGGCAGGCAUCCAGCAGCCCCCUGCUCCAGCCCGGCAUGGUGACCCCGACCCAGGCCCCCACAAAGGCUCCUCAGGAACCUGACCCAUUUUUCUAUGACUACGACACUGUACAGACCGUGGGCAUGACUCUGGCUACCAUAUUGUUCUUGCUGGGUAUCAUCAUCAUCAUCAGCAAGAAGGUGAAGUGCAGAAAGGCGGACUCCAGGUCUGAGAGGUCUGGCAGCAAUGGGGGGAAGGGGGAAAGGUGGUGGGAAUACCCUGAGGUGUAGGGAGGCUUCCCUAAGAGAAGGCCCCCUGGGCCUGUCACACAUUUCCCAUAAAGCCUGUGGCUAUUGAACCUCUUUAUGCUUUUCUCUCUCAUUUUUGCUUCCACAGCCCAACGUGCAAAUCCUGUAAGUCGGAGCUUCCCUCCUCAGGUGAGUGAAAGUGUGUAGCUCUGAGAGGAGGCUAGGUGGGAGCAAAAGUGGGGGUCAUUAGAAUGGGGGUCCACCACCCGUCUGUCACUUUGUUGUACAGUGGUGGCUUGUGUGUUGCUGUGAUGUUGGAAGCUAUGCCAUUAGUAUUUCAAAUACCAGCAGGGUUACCCAUGGUGGACAUAUUUCACUGGAGUUUCCAGACUAAGACAGACUAGGAAGAAGGACCUGGUGACCUACUUCUAAAAAAAUUGGCCAGUGAAAACCUUAUGAAUAGCUAUGGAACAUUGUAUGAUAUAGUGCUGGAAGAUGAGCCCCUCAGGUUGGAAGACACUCAAAAUAUGACUGGGGAAGAGCUGCCUCCACAAAAUAAAGUCGACCUUAAUGAUGUGGAUGGAGUAAAGCUUUCGGGACCUUCAUUUGCUGAUGUGACGUGACUCAAAAUGAGAAGAAACAGCUGCAAAUGUUCAUUAAUAAUUGGAAUGUGGAAUGUACAAAGUAUGAAUCUAGAUUAGAAGUUGUCAAAAAUGAAAUGGAACGCUUGAAGAUGGAUAUUCUAGGCAUUAGUGAGCUGAAGUGGCCUGAUACUGGCCAUUUUGAAUCAGACAAUCAUAUGGUCUACUAUGCCGGGAAUGACAAAUUGAAGAGGGACGGCAUCACAUGCAUCUUCAAAAAGAACAUUUCAAGAUCUAUCCAGAAAUACAAUGCUGUCAGUCAUAAGAUAAUAUCCAUACACCUACAAGGAAGACCAGUUAACAUGACUAUUAUUUGAAUUUGCGAACCAACCACUAAUGCCAAAGAUGAAGAUACUGAAGAUUUUUGCUAACUUCUGCAGUCUGAAAUUGAUCAAACAUGUGAUCAAGAUGCAUUGAUAAUUACUUGUGAUUGGAAUGUGAAAGUUGGAAACAAAGAAGAAGGAUUAGUAGUUGGAAAAUACGGCCUUGGUGAUGGAAAUGACGCUGGAGAUCACAUUCACAUGAUAGAAUUUUGCAAGACCAACGACCUAUUCAUCAGAAAUACCUUUUUUCAAUAACAUAAAUGGUGACUAUACACGUGGACCUCACCUUAUGGAAUACACAGGAAUCAAAUCGACUACUUCUGUGGAAAGAGACGAUGGAAAAGCUCAAUAUCUUCAGUCAGAACAAGACUGGGGGCUGACAGCAGAAGAGCUCAUCAAAGGCUCAUAUUCAAGUUCAAGCUGAAACAGAAGAAAAUUAAAACAAGUCCACCAUGAGAGCCAAAGUACAACCUGGAGUAUAUCUCACCUGAAUUUAGAGACCAUCUCAAGAAUAGAUUUGACACAUUGAAUACUAAUGACUGAAGACCAGGAGAGUUGUGGGAU